AUGUCUAAAACACUCUUAUUUCACUCAGUAAUCAAUUGUGACGUCCAGAACCAGCGUCAGCUGGACCGUGGAGACUAUGGAGACAUUGCUUGCAUAUUUUUCACCAAACAUGGUCUCAAUCGCCCAACAAAGAAGUACCAUGCGGUUUAUGGUGAUCUUCCUUCCACAGCUGAAUUGGAUAAGUUUGGGUCAAUACACUUGACAGGCGCUAAUCAAUGUCCUUAUGGAGAUGAGCCCUGGGUGCUUGAAUUGGUUGCUUUAGUGAAAAACGUUGUGGAGAACUACCCCUUAAUAAAACUUACCGGCGCAUGUUUUGGCCACCAAAUCAUCUGCAGAGCUAUGGGCGGAGUGGUAAAUCCGAAUCCCAAUGGCAUUGAAGGUGGCAUUUGCGAGAUUGAGAUUUCCGACGAAUUUCCAAGAAGCAUUUUAGAUUUACGAACUCCAGGGAAACUCUAUCUCGUGGAGGCACAUAAGAACUGGGUAGAGGCAGCACCACCCGACAGUGUUGUUCUGGGUUCUUCAGACAAGACUCACAAUCAGGGAGUCUAUCGUAAAGGGCGUUUUCUCACACUUCAAGGCCAUCCAGAAUACGGAACCGACGUCAGCGAAUUCAUUGUACAGUCCUGGAUAAAAAAGGACUGUUCUCCGGAUUACUACGCCGAUUGUGUAAAGCGGAACAAAACGCUGCCCAACGACGGUGACGUUUUUGGAAGAGCAAUGGUCAGGUUCCUCACUGACGAUAGUGUAUAA